UGAUUACCCACCGCUAGCAAAGGGAAGAGGGCUGAGCCUUGAAGCUGCUGGGGGAACUUGAAGAGAGCAGGGGGAGGAGGAGGAGAAGAAGGAUUGAUAUAACAAGAGCGGCUGUCUAUGCGCAGCGCAAUUCUCACUCACUCCAAGUCUUUGAACCAAGACAGAUAAAGGGGAGCGGGCUUUCCAUUCAUUGCGAGCGCAGGCAACUUUUCUUUCUUGAGUCCGUGGCGCGGGUCCGUUCACCAGAUAGUACUCAUAUGUUUUAACCUUUUUAAAGAGCAAUUGAAAACACGAGACAACGUGUCAGCGGCAGAUUUUAAACUUUACGAGACCUCCAAGUUGUGCAUGACAUUUCUUUUAAGGACUUGAGACACUGACAGACGUUCUUCACCUACCGCGUGGUGUGGGAUUUUGAGCUGAAACGGGGACAUUCAAAUGCAAAAGUAUAUGUAUGAGAAAGCAAUGGCUCAAGAGACCAGAAACGGAGGAACCUCUACAUUAAAUAACAACAAUGGUGUUGACAACAGCAAGAAGAAGCUGCUAAUAGCGCUCGACGUCUUCUGUCUUCUACUUGCUAUGCUGCCCAGCCUGGUCCUGCAUCGUACCUCUGUGCGUCCGUACCAGAGGGGUUUCUACUGCAGUGACUCCAGCCUGAGAUACUCCUACAAGAAGAGCACCGUGUCCUCCUCAGUGCUCACUGUCGUUGGGUUGACACUGCCCUCGGUGUCCAUUGUGAUUGGAGAAUGCUUCAGGAUUCACCAACUACAUGAGGGAACCAAGUCUUUUGUUGGGAAUCCCUAUGUCGCAGCCCUCUACAAGCAGAUGGGCGUGUUUCUCUUUGGAUGUGCCGUCAGCCAGUCAUUCACAGACAUUGCCAAGGUGUCAGUGGGCCGUAUGAGGCCACACUUCUUAGACGUUUGUAAACCAGAUUUCUCCACCAUCGACUGUUCACUGGGAUACAUCACCAACUAUACCUGCAGUGGGGACGAGAGCGAUGUACAGGAGGCCAGGAAAUCCUUCUUCUCAGGACAUGCCUCAUUUUCAAUGUUCACCAUGCUCUACCUGGCUUUCUAUCUCCAGUCAAGGUUUUCGUGGCGCGGUGCUCGUCUCCUCCGCCCGCUGCUGCAGUUCACCCUGUUGAUGAUGGCUUUUUACACCGGCCUGUCACGCGUCUCAGACCACAAGCACCACCCGACCGAUGUCCUGGCAGGCUUUGUGCAGGGAGCCCUGGUGGCCUACUGCAUAGUGUUCUACGUGUCAGACCUGUUUAAGCCCAGGGUGAGGUCAGCCACGCCUCCGCACUCCCCCAUCAAGAAGGAGUUGCUCCAAUCGUCCGACAUCAUUGAGAGGAACAAUCACAACAACAUGGUGUGAGAGUUGUCGCGACUUCUUCCUGUGACUGAGGAGCCAAUCACAUCACUGCUCACCUCCCAUCGGACAGUAGAAUGUAGCGACGAGAGACUGUAGCUGCUUCUCAAAUGACACCCUCCUCCCUUUCGCAGUGUCCAGCAAGGCACUUUGUGGACAAGGGUGUCAGAUUUGAGAUUUGCACAGCAGAGUCCACUCUCACUAUCCAGACUCAUUAUUUACUAUUAUGUUAACUACUAAUCACCAUUUGAGCCCAUCGUUUUGAGCACAAACAGAAAAGAUUUGGAAGACUAAAAGACAAAUUGAAUUGAGAAAUUUACAGGCAGAGCUGAGGGUGUGGAGGGUUGAUGGAAGUGUAACCACAUAAAGGGAAAACACUUUUGAAGACAAACAAAUGAAGUAAAGACACACAAAAAUGACAAACCCCCUGCCUAGGGAGGGAAGGAUUUCCAGUCUCUGAACUCUCUGUGGCCUUGGAACGCCGUAUGACAACAACUUCCUUAGCUAUGGGAAGGAUAUUACUGCAAUAACUAGCAGCAUAGAAAUAUUAACAGUAUAGAAAAAUAUAACUUAUAGCACUGUUUUUAAGUUCAUUGUCCAUUAUCACCACUUGCUGCCUGAGACGUCUCACUGAGAAAAAAUACUUGAUGUUGCUGACGCCACUGAAAUAGAGAAAUUGACUCCUAGAAACCAACAGAGCCCGGUGCGGUGGUUUCACCAUGCUUAGCCAGGAUAGAGUUAGCAUAGCAAGAGUCAUAUUCCAAUCUUUUUACGGCCUUUUUAACAGGUUUCAAAGCAGUCAUUCGGCUGCCUUUUAUCUUACUGAUAGCCAAGACAUCAUUAUCUCAAUAAACUUUGUUUUAGCAUUAGGAACUGAAGCCCUCCAACACAUCUGUCCCAAGCACCAGCACAUCAAGUUUUUUUGUAGAGGACUCUUAGAGCGGCUCAAACCCGGGAUGUUGCAUUUCUUGAGAGUUAGAUGUAGUAAAGGGGGAAUAUUUUCUGUGGAAGGAGGGAGGCAGAUCUUACAGCCUCCCAGCACCUGUACAAGAGGCGUGGCUGUGCCAUGCCAUUUCCAGGUGAUGGGGCCAUCUGUUUGGCUUCCUUAACAGGAAGGGGAUGGGUGGACAGAGUGAAGGGGUGCGGGCUGUCACCAAUGCAAAGAGGGUGGUGAAUUACAGCUAAGCUGGCACAUUGUUUUGGGAUGAUUUGGGCUCUUUCUGCUGGCAGGGAGGGGCUCCCACCGACCCAAUCACUCCUUGGCAAUGGAUGUUUGUCUCUCGGUGUGUGUGUGUGUGUGUGUGUGUGUGUGUGUGUGUGUGUGUGUGUGUGUAUGUGGGUAUGUGUGUGUCCUAUACACUCCUGUGCUUGUGUGGGUACGCUUGUGCUUGUACAUGUACAUCUUUUGUGUGUGUUAAUGUGUGUGUAAAUAGGUAUGAGCGAUGUGCCCUGUGAAAAUGACCCCCCUCAUGAUAAACUAAGUAUGUGUCAAAUGAAACACACACUGUCAGCUGUGCCAAGUGGGUGUGUCUCUGUGCAUGUGUUUGUUUGUAUGUGUUUGCCACUGUGUGUCAGAGAGCAGGUGAGCGUUCUAAAAACUGUGGAUCUAUUAUUUUUAUUCUCUGCUGAGAAGCAUCUUUAACCUUGUGUGUUUUUAGCCUGUCCUGUAUAAUCACUAACCGUUGUACAGUACACAUACGGAGCCCUUUUUAUUUACAGCCUACUCAGAUCCUCCUCCAACAACACACUCCGCCAUGUUGCACAUCUUUUCUCAUCGUAUAGUCCGUCCUAUUAUUUCACAAAACCGUUUUCACUCUUUUUUAUAAAUAUAUAAAUAAUGUAUAGAUCACUAAAAAUUAACUCUGUAAGAUAUUGUUUCUUAACAUGUUUAGAUAUAUCCACUAUGAUUACAGACCUGUGUUCUUUACAAAAUGCUGCUUCAAAAGCAUCGAUUGACAGAUUUUUGUAUUUAGAAAACUAAACUAUUGUAGAUUGUUCUAGUUAUGUUUGUAUUAUGCAUUCAAAAAAUACACCCACAAUUGUAUUAAAAUUCAAUAUUAGUAUUUUUGUAUCGUCUCGUUAUUUUGUACAAAGACAUAGUUGCAAUGCUGUUUUUCUGCUAAAUGUUCUUAGCUCUAAUACAUGUGCUUUUAAAUAAAAAGCUCAAUAUGAACACAACUUUGGUUUGUCUUGGCUAUUGAUCCCACACUUGGACUACACGUUUUUAAUAUGAAUAUGUUUUGUAUGGCUUUAUGGAUUGUUGUUGUACAUGUUUGCUUCUGAUUGUUUUUUUCUUGUGGAAAGUCCUUUAUAUUCCUAUACACCAGAAAAUACACUGCACAAAAAACAAAUAAAUACAUUGGUUAUGCAUAUUAUAA